AUUAUUUUGCAAUAGUAUAAAGACAUAUUGUUUUGUUUCAGGUGGGCGGAGGCGGCGACAUGGGAAACAAAGUGGGGGGCCAGAGUCAGUCGGAGGAGGAGACGGAGGUGGUCGUCCCCGCGGCCCGUGUGCCUCCUCUCUCAGCUCAUCCAGGUGGAGCGCCAGGCACCAGCAGGUCGGUGUCCGUAGAGAAUGGAGAAGAAGGAGAACUGGAGGUUGAGCUUCCUCCUCCCAUGAAGGUGAUGAACCAGCCAAUGACUGCCGUGGCUGCCCAGGUGGCACCCGGUGCCAACACAGCAGCCUCAGGUCCACCUCACUCUCCACUAGACAACAUCUUACCCGAUGUCACCAACAGGUCUUCAAGUGUGUCCCUGAAAGCGGCGGAGGGCAGCACCACGGACCUGGCCACAGAAAUAGAGAACAUUGUAAAAGAAAAGAUGGAGCAACAUUCAGAAACGAGUGAAAGAUUGAAAGAAUGGCGGACGUCGGGUGACGGCUGCUCAGGAGAUGAGGCUUCGUCACCCCUGCCAACAGCUGCUGGCAUUUUGAACCCAGAACUACCACUGUCAGACGAUGGAGACCUUGGGGCCUCGGCAUUACCUGAUUCCUUUAAUGUACAAGAUUCUAGUCCAGGAGAUAGUGAUAUGACCAAGGAACAACGAGAACUCCGUAAGCGACAGUUUGUAAUUGCUGAACUUGUGGAAACGGAACGGCUUUAUGUUAGAGACUUGGCAGAUGUAGUAGAAGGUUAUAUCACAGAAAUGCGCAAUCCUGACUCGGAAAUGAAGAUGCCAGACGACCUCAAGGAUGGAAAGGACAAGAUGGUGUUUGGGAACCUUGAGGCUAUUUAUGAAUGGCAUAGAGAUUUCUUCAUGAAGAAUAUUGAACGCUGCUUAGAACACCCUGAAGAAAUUGGACCCGCAUUUCAACGAAGUGAAAAGAGGCUUCAAAUAUACGUUAAAUACUGCCAAAACAAACCAACUUCAGAAUAUAUUGUCUCAGAACAUUCAACUUACUUUGAAGAACUGAGACAAAAGUUAGGACAUAAGCUGCAACUCCCUGACCUCCUGAUCAAGCCAGUUCAGCGGUUAAUGAAAUACCAGCUGCUCUUGAGGGAUAUCCACAAGCAUACAGAUAGAGCAGGUCUCCACCAGGAGGCAGAGACCAUCAAGAAGGCUCUGAACAUCAUGAUUGUUGUGCCAAAAGCAGCCAAUGACAUGAUGAAUGUAGGGAGAUUACAGGGCUUUGAUGGAAAGAUCAUGGCUCAAGGCAAGCUCCUGUUAUAUGGACCCCUGAUGUCUUGUGAGGGCCCCUCUGCUCACAAUUUCCGAGGAAAGGAACUCAUGGUAUUUUUGUUUGAGCAGUCCAUUAUAUUCUCAGAGAGUGGACGCAAGAAGAACCAAUUCUCAAAUCCAGUAUAUGCAUACAAGAGUCAUUUACAGGUCAACAAAAUGAGUUUAGUGGAGAAGGCCGACGACGGUGACCCCCUCAAGUUCACGUUGCAGUCUACUGACCCGAGAAAACCCCAUUUGGCGUUUGUGUGCCAGGGAGCCUCUGAAGAUAACAGAAACCAAUGGGUCUCACAGAUCCGACACCUCCUCCAGACGCAGAAGGACUUCCUCAAGGCUAUUCAGUCCCCCAUUGCAUAUCAGAAGGAGCAGACAAAGAAUGUGAUGGAUCACUUGGGACACAGCAGCAUGAACUCGUCACUUCGCAAGACUUUCAGCCAACCAGCAGCCCUGCAACGUACUGUGGCUUCAAAAAAGAAAGCAAAUACUAUUGAUAUUCCAUCAAGAGGAAUGCCUAGCAGUAGUCCUAGUUCCUCUACCGUCACAUCGCCUCAGAGUUCCAAACCUCCGCCACCUCCUCCUCCCCCUCUUCCUCCGGCAAUGCAUGCUGGAGUUCCGAGGGUUCCCUCUCACAUCCCACUCAGGAAGCAAGGAUCUGCUGACAAGCUUGACGUACCUUCUAGUCCCCCUAAAGUUAGAAAGAAUUUCUUUGAUGGCUUCCGUAACACGCUUCGGCCAAGAGUAAAGGCCGAAGGAGUGGGGAAGGGCCAAGGCGAUGAUGUAUGUGAAGGUUCGGAGUCGGGCGUGACAUCCCCGAGACAGGAGAGCAAAGAGGAUGGAUACCCCAGACGAUGGUCUGAGUCUGGAUCUCCCACAAAGUCGGGUGAAUGGAGUGUGUCUCUACCACCGGGAACGUUGGUGAAGGUCCUGGCAGACUUCACGGCCUUAAGGGAGGAUGAAAUUUCAGUCAACAGAGGAGAAGUUAUACAGGUGAUUUCAUCAAACGCUCUUCGUGGCUACUUGGUUCACAGAGCAGCCACCAGCAACAGUCCAGCAGCUGAGGGUUGGGUUGCUGCCAAUGUCCUUCUUCCUUCAGCACACCCAGAUGCCCAGACAACCCCUCCAGCAUCACCCACACACGUCCCUGCCCAGUACGAGCCUCUAGGCAAAAGACAGUGGAUGAAAUUCCGAAAACCAUCCUUUUCUAAGAGAGAUUCCAAAGAUUCCCAUCCUCCCCCACUCAGACGAGAGGAGACAGUCCAUGAACUCCCAAGCAUGCGGUCCCUCACAUCUCGACCUCCAUUGCCCACCCGUCAGAUGACAGUGUCGCUCAUUAAUCCUUAUCAUGUGGAAAACAGUAGUGAUGUUAAUAAUCGUGUAUUAGCUCGAGAUAAACCUCCUAGUGGAUGUGUGCCAGCAUCACCAGAAUCUCCAGUCAGAAUAAUAUCGCCUCUGCGAAAUGUGACUGUUUGUCCUGGGGAACCUGCAGAAAUGGUGUGCACAAUCACAGGUGCUGGUCUCUGGGCUGAAUCAACCACAGUGGCUUGGGCUGGCCCGCACGGGCCAUUGGUUGACCCACGCUUUGAGAUGGAACAGCACCGAGAUGGAACUCUGAGGCUCCAUGUUGGAAGUUGUCGCGUUACAGAUGCUGGUGAAUACACCUGCACCAUCACCUGUGGAGGGUAUUCCAUCGCCUGUUCAGCCCGCAUCAAUCUGUCCCAGGGUAAGGACCAUAGCUAUUCUAACGGCCAUUCCUAGAAAUAGGAGUACUGGAUUUGUGCUGGUGUUGGCUGAAUUGACUGUAUCUUGGAACUCACCAUUUUAUUUCAAUAAAAUCUAAAAUUUC